AUUGGCUGCUCCGAAAUGUAUUUUGGAGUAUGGCUAGAUUUAAAAAUAGAGACCAAAUCUCCGAUUAAGUUUUGAUGUCAUCUCCUUUGAAACACUAAUAUAAUGAUUUGCCAUUUACGAUUUUAUGCGGCAAAAAUGACGAAUCCUGCUUGCAAAUAUCCAUAUAAGAUAGUGAUUUCAUCGGCGCUAGCAUCGAUUUUUUCUAGACACUAUAUACGUAUAUUGUACGAACUGCAGAAUCCUGAGCACAGUCAAGUGCAAUUUUGCCAACAAUCUAAAUUCAAAAUAAUGGAAACAAUAAACUGUUUUAUCGGUAGAUGCGACCUGAUGACGUGUUGCUCGAUUGGUAUAAAGUCAUAUGUUCCAUAACCUAUGACAUAAUUCAAAACAAUACACCGAUAAGCCGAACUUGACACUAUUAUCGUUAACGUUAAAUAAGUUUGCAUUAAUUAGUAAUUAAAAUGUAGUGGCAAAGAUUAAUUUAAUCCAGUUUUCUACCUUGAGUUGGAAAAAUAUGACUUUCUGAGUUGCCACGAUGAACUUGGAGGCAUUUAGAGACAUUUUGGCCAGUACUGCAUCAAUAUGCACUAUUUUACAGUUCCUUUCUGGGACGUUGGUGUGCAUGAAAUUUGCCAAAAACAAAUCAACUGGAGAUGCUUCUGGAAUGACAUUUGUAACUUGCUUUAUGUCAUGCAGUUUAUGGCUCUUAUAUGGAAUAUUGAUUCAAGAUAAAUCGGUUAUGAUUGUCAACAUUAUUGGAUCAUCGUUACAAUUUUUGUAUGCCUUUGCAUUUUAUAUCUACACCAUCCACAAGAAAAUCAUAGUAAAGCAGAUGUUCCUAGCAAUGACAUUCAUUGGAUUCAUGUACUUAUACUGGAUUGCUGCAGAAGAUCAAGAUCUAGUCACCAAGCGAGUUGGUUUCAUAAGUUGCGCAUUGACAAUUUUAUUCUUUGCUUCACCAAUGACAUUGCUUGCUCAUGUUAUAAGAGUAAAAAGCGCAGAGAGUCUACCAUUCCCUGUAAUUAUGGCUUCUUUCAUCACAUCAUGUCAAUGGUUCUUGUAUGGCUGCCUCAUCGACGAUUUAUUCAUUCAAACUCCUAAUCUACUUGGUUGCGUUCUUAGUGCAUUUCAACUGGCGCUUUUCAUUGUGUUUCCAAACAGGAAGGCGAAUGAUCAAGAACUUUUGAUAUAAUGUUUUUAAAAACGAAUCUAUUUUCAAAAAGUAUUUUAUCUAUAGAGACAUAGGUAUUGCAGAUUAUAAAAAACAGCAAGUUUUUGGAAUCCAAGAAAUCUUGCGAAUUUGUGAUUACUAGAAAUUAAGGAAUAUGUAUUAAUAACUAUUUGUACAUAAUGAACGAUUGAACUAAAAACAAGUAUAUUAUAUAUAUA